UGGGGUUAAUUCUUGCUGUGGCAUUAGAAAGAGGAAUAGCAGAUCUUCCCGAGCUACAGCAGCACUGACAUCCCUCUCACCCCACACCUGAUUCCCUUAUUCCGGGAGGAAAAGCCUGAGUAAAGGCAGGUCUGCAGCAGAGACCAGUCUCUCUGACAGGGGCUAACUCUUAACUCCAGAGCUGUGGGCGCUGAACGAGAAAGCAGUGUGAGAAGAAAGACCAUCGUUUAAGUGACCAUGGGAAAUGGGGAACUGGGAAGAAAGAACCUAACUUUUCUGCCUUCAAAAAGGAUGGACAUCACCCGUCUGCUCCUGGCCACUCUGCUCAUCUGGAUGUGCUUCCUCACAGCCUGCAGCCACCUGGCACCGGAGGAGAAGCCCAGAGAUGACAGGAGCCUGAGGAGCAACUCCUCCAUGAACUUGUUGGAUUUCCCUUCUGUCUCCAUUGUGGCUCUGAACAAGAAAUCUGAAAAGAUCAGCAGAAAAGAAGCAGAAAAGAAAUCUUCCAAGAAAAAGGCCGCAAUGAAGAAAGGGGCGCGACCCCGGCCCCAGGCGCCCGCCGCCUGCGUGGCCACCCGCGACAGCUGCAAGCCGCCGUCGCCCGCCUGCUGCGACCCCUGCGCCUACUGCCAGUGCCGUUUCUUCCGCAGCGUCUGCUCCUGCCGAGUGCUCAGCCCCAACUGCUGAGCGCGCCCGCCUUCCCGCCGCGGGGCCCCAAGAGGCGGGGCUUCCAGGGGCUCCUAGGGGACCGAGAGGCCCCAGCCGGGUGGCUGACCUCUAGUGGGUGUGGCUUCCUCGGACGCUGGUGGGCGUGGCUACAGGUAUCGAGGCGGGGCUCCGCGGAGAGGGCUUGGGUUAGGCUAAAAUGUAAAUAUA